CUUAACUGCAUUGACAUAACUCGUAAAUUUCAAGAAUAUGACUGCUCCCCAGCGUUUCCACGAACGUCAAACAUUAUCCCCACCUUCACACUCUAGGUACUGUGGACAAAACUAACCUAAUAUUCUGUCAAUAAAACAAAGUGCAUAAGAAGUUGUUUAACAGUUUAUGUGCACUUUCCUAAUCGUCACUACCACAGCGAUUUGGUAGCAAUAAAUUUUAUUAAUUAAUAUUGUAAUAUAAGUUGAUCAUGAACACUAAAAGAACUUACGUUAUACCAAAAAGUGCUAGCAAAUACAAUGGAAAACUUAAAGAUAUUUUGUCCGCAUCAAGGAGUAAAAGUGAAUCAAAACCGACAGAGACUGAGAAUAAUUUGGCAAAUAUACCACUUGUUAAGCAGGCUGACACAGCACGGUUGUUACCAAAAUAUCAAGCAGUCCUCUCGAGAUCAUCUGAGGAUGGAGUGAAUAUGGAUGAAUUAGAUCAAUUACAGCAAGAUUUGGAGAAACUGUUGUCCACCAGUGCUUCUAGAAGUAGAUUUUUGCUGGCAGAAAUUGAAUCUAUAGAUCGUGUUGAAGAGAACAGAGAUAAAAAGGAUAAAAGUCAUGAUAAGGCACCACUGAAACGAAAGCGUCCAGAUGAAAAGCCAAAAUGCAAAGAUGUGAGGAGUAGUGGGACAAGAGUAUUUAAAAAACACUGCGCUCUACCAGUUAAUAAUUUAUUAGGAGAUGGUCUCAGGUAUGAAGUUCCCAAACUGUCGUUGCCCAAAAAUGACAAUUCUGACAAAUUCUGGGCGUCCAUCGAGCCAUAUUGUGCCAAUGUUAAUGCAGAAGAUAUUAAUUUUUUAGAUGGCCUCAUAAAAGAAUUCUCCAAAUGCAUUGAUGCAAAGGUACCAGAAAUCGGCAACCACUAUGCCCAAGAGUGGUCAGAAGAAUUGGUAUCAGAAGAAAUGAAUCUAGGAAAAUCCCCAAAAUCAAAACACGGAUCCACAGAUGGAAAAAAAUCGGGGCUGGCAGCAUUCGUGGAUUCAUUAACAAACCAACACACCCAAAAAUUAGUUGCUGCUCUGAUAGAGGAAAAAGUAUUCGCGGCAUUGCCUAAUAUAGAGAAAAUAAAAUCGGAUUUAAAUUUAAAAAGCAACGGCCCCCGAGUAGGGGUAUGCAUGGACAAGAAGCUGGAGCAGGCCCUCCUCAAUUUGGAGGAACUACAAAAGAAUCCGGGUGACGACGAAAUCCUCACCGAAAUUAAAAAGUGCCAGCAAGAAUUGAAAUCUGUCAACACUUACAACUUGAACGAACUGACGAAGUUGCGGCGGGUGGUGCAGAACGACAUCCAGAAGCAGCAGGUCAAGGAGGAGCUGGAGAAGGUCGAUAAUCAGGUUUUGGACUUGUACAAUAGGUUCUUGGUGGCCAAAAAACAGGCUCAACAAUCGGAUGGUAUCGAUUUUGAUAAGUCGUCCAUUAAUCAACAAGUGGAUGUUGAGGAUGUUCUUUUACGUGUUGAAUUAAAAAGAACUGCCGUUCACAAUAUGCAGGUCUCUGGUGGUUAUCAGUCCAUAAACAAGGAGCACCAAAUCUUGAAACGGAAAACGGACUAUUUAAAAUCUAUGCUCGGAAUGCGCGUAUUGUGUGAUCCCAUACAGAAAGACGCCAGACCGAAAGCUUGUAAAACGCAGUAGUAGUCUGGAGAAAAAGCGAUCCUCUCAAAUUGUUUAAAGGGUUUCAUUGAUAUUUUGUGAUUCAACUUAGAUGUACUUACAAUUAAUAAUUAUUUUACAUAUAUAUAUAUAUAUAUAUAUAUAUAUAUAUAUAUAUAUAUAUAUAUAUAUAUAUAUAUUCAUGCAUAUACAAAUUUAUACAUACAUAUAGUGAGAAAACCUGUGAUGUUUAAGUUUU